AUUUCCAGCGGAGGGUUUGCGAGGCGUUGGUGGUUCCCGAUGAUACAGUAUUCGCCGGGUUACGAAGAAUUUCCUCGCCCGAGGAAGCUGUACUGUACAGAACAGAUCUUGAUCUUCUGUAUGACUUGCUUUCAGGUAUGCCAAAGAGUUUAGAGAUGGAAAAGUCCAAACAAAGUUACAGAGUAUUUUCCAGACUGGAGGAAUGAGGAUACAGUCUCUUUACUUUUAAGAGUUUGCCACAAUGGGAAACAUUAUUUCCAAAAGAAUUUAUCCCUUUUUUCUGAAGAACAGCAUGAAGACUAACUAUGUGAGUCAAGGAGAACACUACUUCAAUGAAAAGUCCACAUUAGAAACCUGUUGCCAUCCCAGUAUCCAAGAAGUAGACAGCAGCGAUGAGGAUGCUGAAGAUAGGUUUUACAGGUUUGUGAUUCUUCAUGCUGAGGAGGACAUAGAAGAAGCCAUUAGAGUCCAAGACUUGUUACAAAAUGAGUAUUGUAUCAAGCCAGGACUAAUCUUUGCAGAAAUGCCUAGUGGUAGGCAUUUGCUAGAAAAUUUAACUAAUGCCAUGAACGAUUCUGCCUGGAUAAUUAUCUUGCUGACAGAAAACUUCUUAAGAGAUCUUUGGUGUGAAUUCCAAUCUUACACUUCUCUUUUGGGUGCACUGACCAUCCCACACAAAUAUAAUAGUGUCAUACCCAUGAGGCCACGGAAUAAACCACUCCCAUGGGAGAGGACUCCUUUCAUCCUACAGUGUGUGAAUGUUCUGCAAGAAGAUAGUCCUGGAUUUUCUGAUCAAGUAAAGAAAACUUUCCAAGAGGCUCGAUACAGGCAGCAGGAAGAGGUGUGGCGAUAUGGGAGAAAGAAAGAAAUGGCCAAAAAAGUCCUUGAUUGGUAAAUGUGGAAAGCAGCUUUCCCUAACCAGCUGGCUUUCAGAAAGGCUAGAACUCAAUGUGUUCACAACCAGUAUGAGCAAUAAUCACACUGACUGCAAUGAUGGGGAAUAUGGUACUAGCACAUCUGAAAAACAUUGGCUGGAAGAAGGCUAUUAUAAAUACAUUUUUCAGAAAAAUGGAAUGUAAUUUAUUUCAUUGAAGAUGCUGUGAUACCCUAAUCUAUCUCCAUUGUGUUCAUGUUGCUUUGGAUACUUAAACAAGAGUUUGGGAGAGGAGGUCCUCUUCAGAUGAGCAUCCUGGGAUAAUGCUACCCAGAAGAGUUGUUUUCCACCUUCCUAGCUAUAAGCUUUGAAAGUCUUGAAGAGAGGGAUCAGAGGCCUGUGCAUGGAGUAAGCAUUCUAUUUCUAGGAUCUUCAGUUUGAGAUUUUCUGGUGAUAAGGCUUGGAAAGACAUCUGUCAGAACUCUUGGGAGAGUCACGGUGAAUCGCAGUAGUGGACUCAAUGAAAUGAUGGCCUCGCCUGUUUUCUAAGAGUUAAAAGCAGUUUUAAAGACUAAUCAUUGUGGUGUAUACAUUUAUCCUAUUUCUAUCUUUGAUAGAUUUUUAUGGAUUUUAGUACUGUUUUAGAAAUAUGGGAAUACUAUUUAACCAGACAUCAUAAAGGGAUAAAAGAAAUGUACAUUGCACUAAACCAUAUGAUUUUUGUUAUGAGCCAGCCACUCUUCCAUAUAAAUCAUAAUUUAUGGCUUUAUAUGUAAACCUAGCUCAUUACUAUGUAUCACUCUGUAUUUUUAAUCCUUUUAAAAUGUAUUAUCUGUCUCCCAUCUUCAAAUGAUGCUUGGCAGGACUAUGUUUUCUAUUUAUAUCCCUCACAUUGCCCAGAUCUCAGUUGAGAAUUUCAGUGUUCUUUCUAUGCUGCUGUUUCAUUCAUUGUAAUAAUGUCAUUUCCAUUUGGAUCAAACUGAUGUAUCAGUUCCAAGACUUUUUGUUGAAACAGCUGAAAUACAAACUGCAUUUUUGAAGGAACGCAAUGGAAUUGUAAAGUCUGUACUGUGAAGUUUUGCAAUAUGGGCAGAUCCUUGUGUUCUGCAGAACCUAGGUGUUGCGUCAUUCAGUUAAAACCUUGUUGACAGUUCUGUACUUGUUUUCAUUUAUUAAAUAAUGAGGGUUAAGCAGAAUCAUCAACAUCUCUCAUAACUAAAAUGACCAAAGAUUAUUAAUCUCCCUUGUUUGUUUUUUUUUAGUUUAAUUGUAAACUGCAAUAAAUUGCAUUUGAGCAGAGUUGAAUUGUAACUCAGACAAAUACGUAACAAAUUGGCUACUAAUGAUAGUAAUAAGGUUGGUCUUGCCCUGAUGCCUGUUUGUCUUCAGUUUGUAAGGCACUGAUACAUCACGAUGAAAUUGGGUGCUGAUGCUAGUACUGUAUUCAUUUUCAAUCAUACUAAUUAUACAUGGGCUGGAAGGCAUGAUAAUUAACUGGAUAUAUAGCUGGCUCAAAAAUUAUAUCCAGAGGUAUUGUAUGAAUUACAAUGAGAGAAGCAGAUUCAAAUCCACCUUCAGCCAUGGAAGCCAAUGGAUGACUUCAGGUCAAGCAUUUUUUUUCAGCCCAGGCUAUUUCAAAGGGUCAUUGUGGAAUAAAAUUAGCUGAUAACUAUAUGUAUGCUGGAAGAAAUAGUGCUGCAUAUGCCAUCCUGAAUUUCUGGACGAGAAGGAGGAUAUAAUGUAACAAUAAGUUAAUCAUGUUUUGUUGAAUAAGCCAUAGUUGAUAUAUAGAACACAAGCAUAAAUCAUAGAUUAUAAACCACAAUUGCUGGGUUUACACACAUCAAACACAAAUCACAUUAUGGUUUAGCAUAAUCUGAGAACUUAUGCGGAGAAUGCUGCCAUCUGAAUUAAGGAUCUUGCUCUUUUUGUUAACUUUGUGGUUCAUAAAGUUUUCCUCCUCAAAAUUUGGCUUGUUACUAAGUUAAAGCAUUAAAUAUAUUGUUUUAACAUAGUCCUAUAUGUUUCUUGUUGACUGAUAGUGGGCAAGUGUCCUCAUAGACUGCCACUCAUCUAUUGAUCUACUCUUAUCUUGACUGACUUUGGAAAGGUUCCUCAGAGAAAGCUGUGAAAUGAAUUUGCCCAAUCUGAUUCCUUUUUCUUUUCACAAUAACUAUGCCAGGAUAAUUUUUAAAGCAAUUUUAAUUUGUCCAGAAAGAAAAGCUUCAUCUGAUGUUCUCUAAAACAAGAAGCUAAAAUGAUAUACCUUAAAAUAGUCCAGAUUUGUUCCAAAAAAAAUCAGUCCAGAGGCACAGCUGGCAUAAAAGCCAUGGGCCACAGAUAUUACCUUUGGGACACUGCUUGCUACCUGUUCAACCAGCAAUUUUUAAAAAUUUACCAGCAUAUUACAAAAUCUUAAAAAAAAAACUGGUCCAACAGGCUGCUUUGAAAGAGGAAGUAUGGAAACCUUAGAAUAUGUUGAGAUAUUUCCACUCCUGAAUGCAUAUUAUCUAACCUAUGGAGGAUGGAGUGAAACUAUAUCUCAAAACCAACUGCUAGUUAUGGGCCCAUCUUAAU